UGCGCGAAGUGAAUGCCACGUACUGGUUGACGUUGACAGUACGGAGGACGCUUCCUGAUGCUGGCCCGGAUCUAGCAAGGCAGCUAACGCCUUUAAUUUCUCACAGUUUAGGGAAACGUGUGAAACACAGCGUGGUCCAGUCGUCUGAUUGAGUGUGAACAUAACAGGCCGGACAGCACCAUGAACGGCCAGCUGGACCUGAGUGGGAAGCUGAUCAUUAAAGCCCAGCUGGGUGACGACAUAAGACGCAUUCCUAUCCAUAAUGAAGACAUAACCUAUGACGAGCUGGUGCUGAUGAUGCAGCGUGUCUUCAGGGGCAAACUGCAGAGUAACGAUGAGGUUACCAUCAAAUACAAGGAUGAAGAUGACGACCUCAUCACCAUUUUUGACAGUUCCGACCUCUCAUUCGCUAUCCAGUGCAGUAGAAUACUCAAAUUGACUUUAUUUGUGAAUGGUCAGCCACGACCUUUGGAGUCUAGUCAGGUGAAAUACCUUCGCAGGGAGCUCAUUGAGCUCAGGAAUAAAGUCAACAACCUCCUGGAUACACUGGAACCUCCGACAGACCCUGGUCUGGCUGCUACAGCACUUGAGAGUGAAUCAGUGGAUGGACGUGAAGGCAAAGUUGUGGCAGCAGACCCCACAGUGAAGCAGGCCACUCCAGUCAGUGCAGCUAGCAUGUCAGCAUUUGACCCAUUAAAAAACCAGGACGAGGUCAACAAGAAUGUCAUCUCAUCUUUUGGACUGAGCGAGGACCAGGCCCAAGGAGCUCCCCCAGCAGUUGCACCAGAGGAGCGCUCCGGGACCCCUGACAGCAUUGCCUCCGCCUCAUCCGCAGCCCAACCAGGAGUGCCCCCACAACCACAGGCUCCCUAUGCUGGAGUACAACAGGGACCUCCAGCUGGCAUGGAUGGUCAGGUGUACCAGCAGUACCAGGCUCCAGGUGGGUACCCACCCCAGCAGCCGGGUGCCCCACCACAGCAGCAGUAUGGCAUGCAGUACCCAGCAGGGUACAGCUCUCAACCUGGAGCCCCUCAGCCUGGCCCGACACAGCAGCAACAGUUUCAGAACUACACGCCCCCCUCCUCCCAGGCUCCUGCUCCAGGCCCAGCCCCAGCCCCCGGCUUCCAAGGUGGCCAGCAGCAGCCCCAUCCACCUCAGGGAGCCCAGCAGUACCCACCAGGAGCCUUCGCGCCCCAAAACUAUACCUCCCAGGCCUCCCAGCCUGCCAACUACAGCCUGCCACCCAGUUCCCAGCCCGCCUCGGGGUACCAGCCGCGGCCCGGAUACACCCCACCUCCAGGCAGCAAUGUCACCCCUCCUCCAGGAGCUGCUAAUCCCUACGCCCGCAACCGCCCCCCCUAUGGCCAGGGCUACACUCAGCCAGGCCCCGGAUACCGGUAAAGGAGAGAAGGUGGAUGUUACCAGCUGUCACUCACCCUCAGUCUUCAUCCUAUGUGUGGCUCCAGCUGUUUGGAGAAAAUGCAGGAAACCUGGUUUCCUGCUCUGCCUUCCCCCCUCUGCAAAUAUGAAUAUGAAACAAGCAACCCCCCCUCUGGUAGUUCGUGUUUGUAUGCCGUCUGUCCAACACACCACUCUGUUCUGACCCUGCUGUGUGUUUCCUUCUUACUUUUCCCCUUGUUUUGUGUUGCCAUUCCUCUCUGCUCUGUCCUCCUGUAUCGGUCAGUGUCACACACACACACACCCGUGAGACCAAAACAGGCAGUUGCACAAACACUUUAUUGUUAUUGUCAUGUCUCAAUUUUGUGAAAUCAGGAUCCACUUUCUGCAUUUGUGCCAUACAGCUCAGCCAGUUGUGUUUGAGUUGUACUGUGCUUAAAUGCAUUUAUAAGACACUAUCUACAUGAGACGUUACCCCCUUUGUUGUUUAUUUGAUCAACCUCACAACCGUGUUGGUAUUAAUGAUGUAUCAAUGAAUCUACACCACGCUGGGAAGACUAGCUACGUGGUUUAUGGGAAGUGUAGUUCCCAGUCAGAAGCUUCUUCUGUUUAGUUUAUCACCUUAAUUAAAGUUUGCAGUUCCUCCCUCUCUUUAUCUUAUCACCGGUUUUUACUAAUAUAUCAAAUCAAAUUCCACCUUUAAGUGAUAUUAGUAGUUUAUGUAUAAACUGUAACAUUUUUUUCCUUGAAUCUAAUAAAUGACCGAGACCCA